AUGAAAGUGAAAGUGCCCUUCCCUCAGCCUCGACUCCAUUUUAAUGGAGUUAAAAAAAUCUUUAACAUCAGGCAGAAGCGGAGAUAUUAAUGUCACACAGCAAGAACUAUUGACUAAAGGAGUGUGAUGCUUUCCAGAAGAAGACAUCUGACUCUGCAGGACCCAGCUACAUGAUAUUCAAAGAUGGAGACUCCUGAUCUGGACACAAAUAAUGUUCCCUCACACUCAAAAAACUGCAAACUCCAGGGAAAGCGACUAGAAUCACCAGCACCCAGCUGUACCUCCAGGAAGAGUGAUUUUUCUAUGGAGGUUCCUUGGACAUUUAAAGAAAGAGACUCCUCCCUUCUACACAGUAUUCUACAGAAGACAGAAGAGAAAAUAGAGAAGAACAUCAUCACAGAUACUGGGAAUGACCCAGAAUCUGUGGCUGUAAAUGAAUUCCAGAAAAAGUUCAAAUUAAAUCUAUUGAAGAAGUUUCAGUGUUUGCAUGGAGUGAUAAUAAACCCGGGAAUCCAAACCCUCUUGAAUGAGAUCUACACAGAGCUCUACAUCACAGAGGGAGACAGUGGAGAUGUCAAUAAUGAACAUGAGGUGAGGCAGAUCGAGGCAGCAUCCAGGAGAACAACAACAGAGGAAACACCAAUCAAAUGCAACGACAUCUUUAAUCCUUUAUCUGAACAAGAUGAACCCAUCAGAACUGUUCUGACAAAGGGAGUCGCUGGCAUCGGAAAAACAGUCUCUGUGCAGAAGUUCAUUCUGGACUGGGCUGAAGGGAAAGAAAAUCAGGACAUCCACCUCAUAUUUCCACUUCCUUUCAGAGAGCUGAAUUUGAUGAAGAACCAGAAACUGAGUCUGAUGGAGCUCCUUCAGUUCUGUUUUAAAGACACAAUAGGAACAGAAAUGUUGAGUUCAAAAAAGGUUCUGUUCAUUUUUGACGGAUUGGAUGAGUGUCGUUUUCCUCUAGAUUUCCAGAACACAGUGAGAGUGUGUGAUGUAACUGAAUCAGCAUCAGUGCCGGUGCUGCUGAUAAACCUGAUUAAAGGGAAUCUGCUUCCCUCUGCUCUCAUCUGGAUCACCUCCCGACCAGCAGCAGCUGAUCAAAUCCCCUCUGAGUGUGUGCAUCGAGUCACAGAGGUACAAGGGUUCAAUGACCCACAGAAGGAGGAGUUCUUCAGGAAGAGGAUCAGUGACCAGAGCCUGGCCAAUAACAUCAUCACACACCUGAAGUCAUUAAGAAGCCUCUACAUCAUGUGCCACAUCCCAGUCUUCUGCUGGAUUUCAGCCACUGUUCUAGAGAGAAUGUUGGGUGAAGCAGAGAGUGGAGAGAUCCCCAAGACUCUGACUCAAAUGUACACACACUUCCUCAUCAUUCAGACAAACAUCAUAAGAGAAAAAUACUCAAAGAAGCUGGAGAGUGAUGAAGAAAUGCUUCUUAAACUGGGAAAACUGGCUUUUCAGCAGCUGAAGAAAGGGAACCUGAUCUUCUAUGAGGAAGACCUGAGAGAGUGUGGCAUUGAUGUGAGAGAAGCAGCAGUGUACUCAGGUGUGUGUACACAGAUCUUCAGAGAGGAGUCUGGGCUUCAACAGAGUAAAGUGUACUGCUUUGUACAUCUGAGUGUUCAGGAGCACCUCGCAGCUCUGUAUGUGUACCUGACCUUCAUGAUUAAAAAGAGGAAUGUUCUUGAUCUGUAUCAGUUAUCUAAACUGUGGAGAAAAGAAAAUACAAUCUCAGAUCUACACAAGAGUGCUAUAGAUCAGGCUUUAGAAAGUCAGACUGGACAUCUAGAUCUUUUCCUUCGGUUUCUUUUGGGUCUUUCACUGGAAUCCAAUCAGAAUCUCUUUUGUGCUUUAGUAACACAAACAGGAAGUAGCUCCCAGAACAUAGAAGAGAUGAGAACAGUCCAGUACAUCAAAAAGAAGAUAAUUGAAGAUCUUCCUACAGAGAAAUCCAUCAAUCUGUUCCACUGUCUGAAUGAACUGGGUGAUAAUUCUCUAGUGGAGGAAAUCCAGCACUACCUGAAAUCUGGAAAACAAAGUGAACUCUCUUCUUCACAGUGGUCUGCUCUGGUGUUUGUGUUACUGACCUCAGCACAGGAGCUGGAAGAGUUUGACCUGAGUAAAUAUUUCAGUACAGAUAAGAUAACAGAAGAUGUUCUUCUGAAGAUGAUGCCUGUGAUCGCAGCCUCCAGAAAAGCAAUUAUCAGGUGUGAUUCACUUGGAGUGAAAAGUUGGUCAGGUCUGGCCUCAGUGCUCAGCUCAGAAACCUCCAACCUGAGAGAACUGCAUCUGACUGUGAAAACUCUGGAUCUGACUGGGAAUAAACUAGGAGACUCAGGAGUGAAGUGUCUCUCUGCUGUACUGCAGAAUCCUCACUGUAAACUGGAGACACUGAGGUUGUGUAAGUCUGGUAUCUCAGAAGAAGGCUGUGUUGCUCUGACUUCAGCUCUGAGAUCAAACCCCUCACACCUGAGAGACCUGAAUCUGUCUUGUAAUAAACUUGGAGACUCAGGAGUGAAGAGUCUCUCUGCUGUACUGGAGAAUCCUCACUGUAAACUGGAGGCACUGAGGUUGUAUAAGUGUGAUGUCAGAGAUGAAGGCUGUGCUGCUCUGACCUCAGCUCUGAGAUCAAACCCCUCACACCUGAGAGAACUCAAUCUGUCCUAUAAUAAUAUGGGAGACUCAGGAGUGAAGAGUCUCUCUGCUGUACUGGAAAAUCCUCACUGUAAACUGGAGGCACUGAGAUUGUGGGAUUGUGGUAUCUCAGAUGAAGGUUGUGCUGCUCUGACUUCAGCUCUGAGAUCAAACCCCUCACACCUGAGAGUCCUUGAUCUGUCCUGUAAUAAUGUAGGAGACUCAGGAGUGAAGAGUCUCUCCUCUGUACUGGAAAAUCCUCACUGUAAACUGGAGACACUGGGGUUAUAUAAGUGUGGUGUCUCAGAUGAAGGCUGUGCUGCGCUGACUUCAGCUUUGAGAUCAAAUCCCUCACACCUGAGAGAACUUUGUCUGUCCUUUAAUAAUCAAGGGCACUCAGGAAAGAAGCUGCUGUCUGCUCUUAAGGAUGACAAACAUUACAAACUACAGACUCUUAGGUGA